UCGCAGACGACAAAUUACACCAGCAACUAACUGCCUUCUCUUGCGAUGUCUUACAUAUACUACAUCACAACCAUGCACCUAAUAAUGCGUGCAGUGCAGACUGCAGUGUAUAUUCAGCUAUACCAUCCAGAGUAUCUUCAACUACAAGAUCGUUAUCAUUAUUGUCGUCGUGUACAUAUCUCUAUUCCUAUCUCUCUUUAUGGCUAAGUAUUAUUAUAUCUCGUUGCUAAACACCGCAAGUCAUAUAGCCUGCCGUUUCACGACGAUCUCUCUCUCUCUCUCUCUAUCUGCUGAUUAACCGGCGAAAAGCAAAGGAACGAUUAAUAUAUACUAUUAUUUUAUUAUUAUCUAGCUAAUUGCAAUAUGCUCCCCAUUGCUUGCCGGCAACCUAAAGAUAUACAAGAUGGGCUGUUAUUAGGCGUUUCUCAUCUCUUAGCAGACUUUUAAUUUCGAUACAAGCGACGUCCCCGUGUGAGGACUCGGCAGCGUCCGCAGCAGGGUCUCCCCUGCAAGGCGCGCGCGCGCGGCGACGGACGACGCGAAGCCAGAUCAUAUCCAUGGCGGCGCCGUCCGUCAGCACACCAAGUCAGAUAUCAAUACCUUGCUUUGCAUGACCUGCCGCCGCCUGUAAUGGCGUUGGCGGUUUUCUGGUUUCCCCGUUGGGGAAGCGGAAGUCGACAGCAGAUGAGAAUGAGAUCCCACGCCGUACCAGAUGCACUUCCGCGCAGUAAUCUAAAUAAUUCUUCGCGGAUAAUAGGAUCUUAAAUAAAUUUUACUUUAAAAAUGAAUAGAAACAAGAUAUGGUUCUAAUCCGAUCCAAUAUUUAAAUGUUAUAGCGUAAAAUUUAGAGUCUAUUGUCACUCAUACUUUCGCGCGCCGGAUGCAUGUGACGGGGUGAUUAUUUUUGGAUCUCUCCGGUUCGGCUUUUUUCUACGACUUUUAUGAGAAUCCAGUUGUAGGGAGAAUCUAAGAAUCAUAGAGAUGUUUAGGAUAUAGAAAUCGCGACGACUCGUUCGAUUAUGUGUUCACGUUGAUUUUAGAUGGUUUUUCACCGAACCGAUUCUCGUAGAAGCGGACUGAAAAGCUAGACGUUUGGUAGUCCACAAUAGCUUCCGUGUGGUCACAAUCAGUAAAAAAGUUGAAACAAACACGACCUAAGUCGUCCAACUAAUCGUGAUUUUCGUAUCGGAUUUUUAAACUUAAUAUAUAAUUUGAUACGACGUGAUCUGACUUAAUACCGAGUUAUCCGAUUAAUCGUCCGACUCAAGCAACUAGUUGCGGUUUUGAGUCGUGGAUGACUUAAAUAAAAAAAAAGACUUGGGCUUCAGCUCUCAGUCAUCCCAUUAAGUUUUAGGGUUCCAGAUAGAACCACUUUUAGUCCACCUAUUCUCCUCCCUUCUCUCCAACCCCUCCACUCCUAGCCACCAGCAGCCACUGCUCCUCUACUCCAGUUUUGUUGCUCCUCUGCUCCAAUUCCAACCACCGACAGCCAUUGCUCCAGUUACAAACGUCGGUAGCCACUGCCCCCACUGCUCUAAUAAGUUAUCAACUAUAUAUAUAUAUGGACAAGUAAGUCACUUUCUUGAUUAUAAGCAUUUUUUGUGGAAUCAUUAUCUUUUUACACAGAAAAACAAGGUAAGUUGUCUUGUAUCGGGUUUUAAGGUCUGGACGACUUAGUAUCGAUUAGUCGUCCGAGUUGUCGAUAAGUCGACUAGAUUGACUUCGUCUCAAUGACUUAAAAACAUUGAUGUGACGUCAUGCCUCAUGCGCACAGGUUUUAGGCGCGACAACUGACGUACGUCGCACAAGCACUAAACGUAAAAUCGGUCCGGCCCUAUCCAAACCAGGAGCAACCUCUCCCUCAAAGGUAUCGUCGUCGACGUGACAUACGUCGAACGACGCCUCUCACGUCCCAUUCACUGCUCGUUCCCGCGCUACUUCUAGCGCCUCCUCCACGUCUCGGUGCUGGACAACAUCUCCAUGGCGACACUAGACCACUUGUGCCCCCCGUCACGCUCCUGUUCUCCCAAUUGGCCACCUUCGCUUCUUUGUUGUUGGCUUGAUCUAUAAACGAAAUUUUGCCUUAUGUUGAACAAGGUGCACUCCUCCCUUGCGUGAUCUUCAACAGGGUGCACUCCUCCCUUGCGGAGCUCCUUCGACAAUACAAGGAUGAAAGCAUUAUUUGGCGUUGUCGGUUGCGGCGUCACGACCACUGGUGUUGUCCUCUCAACGAUUCUCCGAGCACCACCCCGUAAACUCCUCAACUUUUGCCUUAUGAGGCCUAAAUGAUGAUCAAUAUUUCUUCCAUCCCAAAAUAGUAUUCUCUUUAAUUCUUGGUUUUUUUAUGCCUAUAUUCAAAUGAGUGAUGAUGAAUCUAGACAUAUAUCUAAAAACACAUACAUCAAUUAUUGUAUGAAUCCAUUAAAAACCUAAGAUGAAUUUUAGUUUGGGACAUAUGAAGUAUAUCUCAGGUGGGGAUCCCCUGGUGGUGACAGUAGAAAAAACGUAAAUCGGUCUGAAUUUUUCAAACCGUGAUUGCCUGUCAAGACGUUACUGCAAAGACACCAACAACAAAUCACCACUGAAAUAAAAAUGAAUCGACAGCAAAGGCGUAAGUCAAAACAAGACAAACAAGAGAGAUAAAAAAAAGAUCAAAAUAUCAGUAAAGAUUCAACCUGCCGUAGCACCAGCGAAUGGAAGCUCAAGACUGAAAUUCCGGAGCGGCACGAUGAAAUCCAUGCCACCGUCGACUACAAAUUAGAAACGGCCCAAACCGAAUCUCAAACAUCAAGCAACAGUAGCUGACCGCAAACAAGAACAUCUCAAAGCAUGAUUCAAUAGACAGAAACUUAGAUGUACGUAUCUCUCUAGGGGCUAUUGCAACAGUCUAACUUCCUUUCUCCAACUUGAAAAUGGGGCCUACUUUAUACGGAAUUGGGCGAUUUUUAAAAAAACAAGACUUGUUAAAUCAUCAAGUCUGUGGUUGAUCCCUUGUUCUAGCAGAAGAAAACUUCAAGAUGUGGAAAUGGUAUUCUAGCUCUAGAACUAGGAGAGGGAAAUCUCAGCUCCAUGCUUCAUGGCAGGUGAGGUACGAUAUGAGUACAAUAUUCACGGUGCGGACUCCGCGUGUCCCGUUGCGGAUUCUUGCAGGUAACUCUCACAGUUGCAUUCAGAUUUCGAUUACUUCCCCUGCCUGCCGCGCUGCUCCCGAAGCCACCACGUGCAUCAACCCAACCCCGGUGCCGCACUGCCGCUAGACCGGCACCGAUGGCGCGCCGCCGGCCACCGACGACUUUGUCGUUUCCACCGUAAAGAGACGUCUCCGACUUGACUGUUCUGUUCAGGAUUGUGAAGCCUGUGCGCGCCCAUGUUCUCCACGAAAAGACGAACUCGUUCUCCUUCACGAUUUCGACAGCAUUGACACGAAAACAGUUGUUAAUCCCUAGCCUAGGUAUCCAUAGAUCCAACCCAGAUGCUGAUGCGGGGGUGCAACAGUGCAAGAACAACUCUGGAUUCCUCCGGAUGAUGCCAUGCCACCAAUCCUCACUAACCAAUUAUUAUUAUCCAACAAAUCCACGAGAAAAGGACGUCCUUUUUUUCUCUCUGAAGAGUGGGAGUGUACCCGGCGGCCUGGCCUACCGCCUUCAUUUCUUGGCACAACCAACCGGGGGCUCGGAAGAGGAGAAGAGCCGACCAGCCGGGCAUAUUCUCUCUUCCUCCCUCCGGUGCUCUCUCCAGCGGUCCAGCCGCAGCGCCCUGAAAGAGGGAGGCUUCCACUCUUCUUUCUCCCCGAGCACCCGCCGUACGUCUCCUGCACCUUCUUCCAGUUUCUCCCAUUUCAGUUUGUCCACUCCCUGUCAUUCCUGCCGCCUCGACCUCCCCGCUCUGGAAGGUCAAAUCCUUCGCCCCUAAGCUUUUAUUUCUGUUUGUAUUUGGUUCUGGAAUCGUUGCCUGCUGGCUGCUGCUGCUGCACAUUACCCCCGUAUUCUGUGCUCCGGCCGUGGGAUUGCCCUGCUCGCUUUCUUUCAAAAAAGAAAAGGAAAAGGAGCAAUUGCUCUGCUCGCUUUCAGUUUGUGUGGUUGACGUCUCUCUCUGAGUCUCUGUGCUUCAGCAGGUUCAGAUUUAGCCUGGGUGCGUCUGCAGGUUCCGGUUCAUGGAGAGAUGGAGCCUGGGUGCCAAAGUGGUAGCUCUCGCACUCCUGCUGUCUGCUGCUUCUCAUGGAAGAGAGUUGCCUGUCAAGAGUAGUGACCGCAGUUUUAUCUACAAUCAUACUCUUGCAAAGACGCUUGUGGAAUAUGCAUCAGCGGUAGGCUACAACUUUCCCUAAUUAUCUUUUUGACAGGUGUAUAUGACAGAUUUAACCGCUCUGUUUACGUGGACAUGCUCAAGAUGCAAUGACUUGACUCAAGUAAGAGACCAUCAAGGAUUCGAGAUGAGAUCUCUAAUUGUUGAUGUGGAGAACUGCUUGCAGGCAUUUGUUGGUGUAGAUCAUAGUCUGAAUUCGAUAAUUGUUGCAAUCAGGGGAACUCAAGAGAACAGUGUACAGAAUUGGAUAAAAGACUUGAUAUGGAAGCAGCUUGAUCUAAGUUAUCCAAACAUGCCAAAUGCAAAGGUGCACAGUGGAUUUUUCUCCUCGUAUAACAAUACAAUUUUGCGUCUAGCUAUCACAAGUGCUGUGCACAAGGCAAGAAAGUCAUAUGGAGAUAUCAAUGUCAUAGUGACAGGCCACUCGAUGGGAGGAGCUAUGGCUUCUUUUUGCGCGCUCGAUCUUGCUAUGAAGCUUGGAGGUGGCAGUGUGCAACUCAUGACUUUUGGGCAGCCUCGUGUUGGCAAUGCUGCAUUCGCCUCAUACUUCGCCAAAUAUGUACCCAACACAAUUCGAGUGACACACGGGCAUGAUAUUGUGCCACAUUUGCCACCUUAUUUCUCCUUUCUUCCCCAGCUGACAUACCACCAUUUCCCAAGAGAGGUAUGGGUCCAGGAUUCUGAUGGCAACACAACUGAACGGAUUUGUGACGACAGCGGUGAAGACCCAGAUUGUUGCAGGUGCAUCUCCAUGUUCGGCUUGAGGAUUCAGGACCAUUUCACUUACCUAGGAGUUGAUAUGGAAGCGGACGACUGGAGCACCUGUAGAAUCAUCACAGCUCAAAGGGUUCAGCAGUUCCGACUGGAGCUAGCGGGCAACAUCAUGAUGACCAAGCACGAUAUCGACGUCUCCAUCGUUGAACCUAGUGUACAAAACAGAUUGGAGCAGUUCUAGAUAGGCGGAACAUUCGUUUUGUCCAGAUUCAGAGAAGCAACAGCCUCUUGUUAAUGCAGUGGAAAUUGUUCAGAGACGAAGGCGACCCUUGUUUUCUCUAUUAGUUCGGUCAGAAUGGGAUGUUCUUUCAGAUCAAGGAAAUAAAUCGGGAGUCAUCUCUUGUAACAAAGAGAAUCAGAGCAUGAUGUACAUAAGGAAAAAUCAUAGGCACGGUUUAUGCUGGAUAUGGUAGGGAUUGCUUCUGUGUAAAUAUAUGUAUACAAUGUAAACUUGCAAUGGCUAUAUUUGCAGCAACAUAAGCACCAAGCUAACUGAAAAAUAUCAGUUAACCGAAUGAAUGAGGCGUAUCUAUA